AUGGCAUCUUGGAACUAUUUCCGCCGCACCUUUGCCCAAAGUACCAUUCCUACCUCUCCAAACCACCCGGUCACGCAAUCAGAACAAGAAGAAACUGUUUCAACCAAUCCAUGGCUAGAGAUUCUGAUGCAAUGGGAUGAUUUUGAGCAGUGGCAGUUGAAGAUGAUGGACCGAUCCUGGUGGUUAUCUGCUACAGCUUGA